UGUGGUGAUUGGUUUGUUUGUUUUGGCGGGCACUGCUGGACUCUACGCGUGUCUGGAACCUCUUUGGAGAAGAAUACCAUGGGAGACAAGAUUACCUGCUAACAAAAUUCCAUUCUUGAGACAUCGACCAUUUUAUAGGGACAUCAUUCUGUUUUUUAUGUGUUUGAGUCUAGCCGUGUUUUGGGCAAUUCAAAGAAAAGAGAGUUAUGCCUGGGUUAUACAAGACAUCUUGGGUGUGGCAUUCUGUAUUAAUAUGCUGAAGACCUUACACUUGCCCAAUUUAAAGAUCUGUGUCAUACUUAUGGUGCUGUUAUUUUUGUAUGACAUUUUCUUCGUCUUCAUAACCCCCUACUUUACCUCAAAUGGAGAGAGUGUGAUGGUAAAGGUAGCCACGGGGGGGUCAUCAGAGGGGUCGUCGUCAGGGGAACAGAUACCCAUGGUGUUUAAGGUUCCUCGCCUUGGCAGCGCGCUGAUGAACGUAUGUAAUCUGCCAUACUCGUUACUAGGAUUUGGUGACAUAAUUGUUCCUGGUGUACUGGUCAGUUAUAACCACAGGUUUGACGUAAGAGUGGGCACCAGAAAGGUUUAUUUUAUAGCCACGGUUAUAGCAUAUGCCCUUGGACUUGUGGUGACCUUCAUUGCCCUUUAUCUUAUGGACAAAGGCCAACCAGCUUUGUUGUACCUUGUGCCAUUUACUCUCGUAACAACAUUUGUGAUUGGCUGUAUAAGAGGAGAAGCUGGCUCCCUUUGGACUGGUAUUUUAAAACAGGAACAUGCAAGCUCACAGUCCCAAACCCAAACAGGGGUGUCUAGUGUAACAGCCAAGGCGGAUGAUCAGAACAGCAGCUGUAGCUCUUCCAGCGGAGGGAGUGAGAGCAGGCUGCUGAUCAAUAAGUGACUAAUAGGGCGUGGAUCCAGCAGCAAACACAGGAGCGUUGAAGAUCUGUGAUAAUAUAAACUGAUUACUUUUUGUGCUUAUAAAACACUGGGUUGUUAAUCGUAUAAACUGUAUGCUCUGAAGAAGGGGGGUCAACAUUAUUGCUACAUUGCAAACAAUUUCACCUCCUCUAUACUAUUUCAUUCUUUUGAAAUUUCAGAAGAUCAUUACUGUAACAAUUUAUCUAUCAAAUUAUUGACAAUUGCAACUAUUAAUUAUUUGCUACAUAUUCGAAUCUGUCAGCAGUGGCAUGGAAGAUGAUUUCUAUUCUAGUCAGAAGGAAAAGAAUAACAAGAAUAAGAAUAUAGAAGCAAAACAUAAAACUGAAACUCCUGAAGAACGACAGUUAAAUAAACAAAAGACAAAAAAAAAUUGGCAAUGAAGUUGAAAAAAAAGUUUUAAGAUAAUAUAAAAUUUAAAAUAAGCUGUGUAAAAUCAAUAAUGUAUAUUUCUUGUUUUUUAUCAGAAGACUGCAUGCAGGUACAUGUUUGAAGUCAAUUUUUUUUUGUUUAUAAGACUGUGAAAAAACAACCAAAACGUUUUAUUCCUUAGGAUUUUAAUCACUUGAUUAAAUAUUAAUUUGCAUAUCUCCAUUAGUAAAAAAUUAAUUUUCUUUCUUUUUUGCAUAUAUGUAUAUAUAAUAAUUUACUGGUAAUAAAUGCAUUUGUUGGAUUUGUUUAAUUUUUAUUAGCAAAUUAUCUUUGUUAAAGUAUAACUGCAGAACUUUUAUUUCAUAGAUAAUAAUCAAGAAACAGUUUUCAAGGUGAGCUGUUUUGUUAACAGUAUAUUUAAGGCUAGACUUACUGCUCUUUACUCACUGUUUUAUCUUACGUGUUAAUGUCAUUAUCCAGAUAGUAAACUUCAUGUCUCUGUUAUUUUACAUUUCAA